AUGCAAAGAAGAAGCUUACUGAACUCACUGCCUGGUGCAGGUGUAGCCAAGUGCUACUUGGGCAAUCUGGGCUGGCCUGCCUUGUCUCCUAUGAACUCCUUCUCUGACCACCUGGAGCAGGCUUCCAUGCUGCUGUGGACGUCCUUGCUGGUCCUUGCUCCAGUCUGUGGCCAAUCUGCAGCUGCACAGAAACCUGUGAUUUCCCUCCAUCCUCCAUGGACCACAGUCUUCAAAGGAGACAGAGUGACUCUGACUUGCAAUGGAUUUCACUUCAAUGCAACAGAGAAAACAAAAUGGCAUCGUCUGUACCCUAGGAGAGAAACUUUGACCCUAACCCCAGGAAACACCCUUGAGGUUCAGGAAUCCGGACAUUACAGAUGCCAGACCCAGGGCUCCCCACAAAGUGACCCUGUGCGCUUGGUCUUUUCUUCAGAGCCCUUAAUCCUGCAGGCCCCAUAUUCUGUGUUUGAAGGUGACACAUUGGUUCUGAGAUGCCAGAAAAGGAGGAAUGAGAAAUUGACUGCUGUGAAAUACACUCGGAAUGAAAAAAUUCUUUUCAAAUCUAAUAAAAGCUCGGAUCUUCUUAUCCCACAAGCAAGUUCAAAUAACAGUGGCAAUUAUCGAUGCUUUGGAUAUAGAGACAAACUUGUAUUUAUAUCAAGUAACAAAGUGAUUAAAAUUCAAGAACUAUUUCCACAUCCACAGCUGAAAGCCACAGACUCUCAGCCUACAGAGGGGAGUUCUGUAACCCUGAGCUGUGAAACGCAGCUUCCUCCAGAGCGGGCGGACACCCCACUUCACUUCAUCUUCUUCAGAGAUGACAGGGUCAUCCUGUCAAACUGGAGCAAGUCCCCGGAACUCCAGAUCCCAACCAUCUGGAGAGAAAACUCGGGAUCCUAUUGGUGUGGUGCUGAAACGGUGAUCGGUAGCAUCCACAAGCGUAGUCCCUCGCUACAGAUCCAUGUGCAACGGAUCCCUGUGUCUGGAGUGCUCCUGGAGACCCAGCCCUCAGGGGGCCAGGCUGUUAAAGGGGAGACACUGGUCCUUGUCUGCUCCAUGGCUGAAGGCACAGGGGACACCACAUUCUCCUGGCACCGAGAGGACACACAGGAGAGUCUGGGGAAGAAAAUUCAGCGUUCCCCAAGAGCAGAGCUGGAGCUCCCAGCCAUCAGAGAGAGCCACGCGGGGGGAUACUACUGUACAGCAGACAACAGCUACGGCCCUGUCCGGAGUGCGGUGCUGAACGUCACUGUGAGAGUGACUCCAGGCAACACAGAUGGCCUUGUCACCGCGGGAGCCAUUGGGGGGCUGCUCAGCGCUCUUCUCCUGACUGUGGUCCUGCUGUUUCACUGCUGGCGCCAGAGGAAGUCAGGAGAUGGUUUCUUGGGAGAUGAAACCAGGAUCCCUCCCACUCUGGGGCCAGGAGAGUCCUCCCAUUCCAUUUGCCCUGCUCAGGUGGAGCUUCAGCGGUUGUAUGUCAAUGUACAUCCCAAAGAAGAAGAUUUGCUAUACUCCAAGAUCCAGAUUAUUCGACUGGGAGAAGAAGGGGAAGCUAAUAUCUCCAGGGCACUUCUGGAGGAUAAGGAUGCCUCAGUUGUCUACACUAAGGUGAAGGCACAACACCCAGAUAACUCAGCUGGAAAGGUCAGCUCUAAGGACGAAGAAUGUUAUGAGAAUGAAGAGUUAGGAGAAUGUCCUACUCAUGUGAUUUGUCCCUUAUCCAAAGCCCCAGGCCCAGUGAAGUCCUCACAGCCCCUGGAAUGAGCAACUCAUUCCAGCUUUCCAAUUCUUCUCACCCAUAUACAUUGACUCCCAGGAGUACUCAUUCAUCUACUCUGAAGUUGGGAUGGGAUGGCCUCUGAAAGACUUCACUAAAAUGACCAGGAUCCACAGUUAAGAGAAGACCCUGUAUUACUUGCUAUGGGUCUGACGUAAUAUAUUUCCUAGAGUCUGCUUUAGAGAUGAGGCAUAGAGAGAAGGACUGGUUUGACAAACAGAAGCACAAAUUUUGGUGAACUAGGAUUUGCGCAGAGAUGAAAAAGGCUGGGUGACCUGGAUCUCUGCUUAAUACAUCUACAAGAAUUCUCUCACUGGAGAUUCAAUUGUAUCCGUUUGUUUAACUGUGAGUGGCUGCACAGGUACUGCACAGACAAUGCAAAACCCCUUCACUUCUGCCCUCACAGCUUACACUGUCAGGAUUCAGUUGCAGAUAAAAGAACCCACCUGAAAUGGUUUACAGAGAGAGGAAUUUAAAAGAGGACAUCAGAAGAGCUGGAGAUGCAAGCUCAAGGCUGCGUUUCCAAAAGCAAACGAUAAUCAUGUUAAUGUCAUUGGGGCAAAGACUUGCAACAUUAGAGAAAAGAGACAUACACAUAAAAUUAAAAACUUAAGUAACAACUCUGCAAACCUAAAUUUGAAUUGAAAAUAUUAGUAUAAACUCAUAAUGACCUCUGCCUUAAAAAAAAAAAAAAAGAUAAGUAUUUCUUACAUUUGUUCACUGAAAAGGCCUAGAAAUAAUUACCAACCCAUUAGCAAUAAGCACUCCUUGCAGAGGUUUUAUUCUCUAAAUACCAUUCCCUACUGAAAGGAAAUAAAGUUGCUUUUCUUGUGGGAACUGUGUCUUUGAGUUACUAAUUAGUUUAUGUGAGAAUAAUUCUUGCAAUAAACGAAGAAAGAAUGAAAGAAAUAGGAAAUCACAAUUUCGUAUAGAUGUUUCAUGAUAACACCUACUGGUUGAAUAAUUGACAAAAACUAGCAGCCCAAUGUUAUAGGUCUCCUGAUGGAAGUGUGCAAUACCACCUACAAAGUACCCAUGCCCCCAGUAUGAAAACUGAAUCCAUUCAAAUCGUUCUCACUAAAUACUUGUUUAUAGAAAAUGCAUAGGGAAAAAGGAACUUGUUUAAGUAACAUCAUGGGAUUGCAACCAGCAAAACACACACCGAGGAAAAGUUCUAUAGGUCAAAAUGACCUGGCUUCUUGAACAAAUACAUGAAAAAAAAAAAAAAGAAGAGAAGAAAGGGAGGAAGAAAGCGAGAGAGAAGAAAAAUGAAGAAAGUUAAUUAGAAUAUUUCCAACAUAAAAGACAUAAAAAUAUUUAAGGUGAUAGAUAUCACAAUUACACUGAUUUGAUCUUUACAAAUCAUAUGAAUGUAUGAAUUUGUCACAUGUAUCACUCUAAGAAAAGAGAAAAAGAAAAGGAGAAGGCAUAUAAAUUAAAUGAGACUUGCGACAUAUCAACCAAAAGGAAUGCAUGGGCCUUGUUUGGAUCCUGACUCAAAUCGAGUUAAGAAAAAAAUCACCCAUGAAAUACUAAGGAAACUUGGUACACUAAUAUUAAGAAAUUGUCAUAUGUUUUGGAUGUGAUAGUUUAUUUUAGUGAUGUUUUCAUAAAAACAAAAGGAUACUCAUUUUUAGAGCUUACUGAAGUAUUAUAUGAAAGGUUAUUAAUGUA